AGGCAGGGUAGCAGCUUCUUCUGCUGUGAUUGGCUGAGCUGGGUCUGCCGGUGACUUGUUUGUUGAUGCUUGUGGCCCAGGCAGGAAGAGGAUAGAAGACCCUGCUUUUAAGGUGCUUUCAGAAGACAUGGCAACUUACACUUGCAGUGUUGUUUUACCUGCUCUCCGAUCUCGGGUCUCCUGUCUUGUAUUGCAGAAGAAAUGCUGCCCUCUCUACACCUCCAUAUCCUUCAACCAAAAUAGCUGGUUACCUCCCAUAUCAAGCUGCCGGGCGUCCUUCCCUUUGCCCUACCUCUCCACAUGUGACCGGAAUUACCACACAUCUGUGUUACGACUCCAGAAUUUACCUCCGCCGGAUCCUCCUACCCCAACACCUCCUACCACAGAGCCAGAAAAAGCUCCGCAAAUCGUGCGCAAGUCAUUGGGCCAGAGGGUGGUGGAUGAAAUUAAACACUUUUAUCAUGGCUUCCGACUGCUCUGGAUUGACACCCAAACGGCGGCUCGAAUCGUUUGGAGGCUGUUACAUGGGCAGGUGCUGAGCAGGCGAGAAAGGAGAAGGCUGAUGAGGACUUGUGCAGAUCUCUUCCGACUGGUUCCGUUUAUGGUAUUUGUCAUUGUCCCUUUCAUGGAGUUUCUUCUGCCGGUCUUUCUGAAGCUCUUCCCGGAAAUGUUACCAUCUACCUUCGAGACAGAAUCCAAAAAGGAGGAAAAGUUCAAGAAGAGACUCGGAGCCAAACUGGAAAUAGCCAAGUUCCUUCAGGAGACAAUCUCGGAGAUGGCGCGGAGGAACAAGGCAGAGACCGGGGGAGAUGGACAGCAGCAAUUCUCAUCUUAUGUUCAGCAGGUACGGGUCAGUGGAGCACAGCCCUCCAACCAGGAAAUCGUUCGAUUCUCCAAGCUAUUUGAGGAUGAACUGACUCUUGAGCACCUGGAAAGGUCUCAGCUGGCAGCUCUUUGUCGGCUGCUUGAACUGCCACCAAUUGGCACCAAUAACUUACUACGGUUUCAGCUGCUUAUGGCGCUCCGGUCCAUACGGGCAGAUGAUGAGAUGAUAGCAAAGGAAGGAGUGGACAAUCUGAAUGUGGCUGAGCUUCAGGGGGCCAGCAGGACCCGAGGAAUGCGCUCACUUGGUCUGACGGAGGAACAGCUCAAAGAACAGAUGAAGCAGUGGUUGGAUCUGCAUCUGAAGGAGAACGUUCCCCCAUCUCUCCUGCUCCUGUCCCGAGCCCUUUUUCUGACAGAUGUAAAACCCAAACCCAUCGUGCCUGUCACACCAACUGUAGAGGUACCAAAGACAACGUCAAACCAAACACAGCCUACAGACGCUAGAGAAAUCCUAACAGACCCAGCUCCAGUAUUAAAAGGCAUUCAGAAUGAAGAUAUUGCCUCAAAAUCUGUUGAGCAUGAUCCUGCACUCCCAACAAAGGAAGGUGUAAGUAAUUAAAAGGCAAAAGCCAGUGCCAACGGAGUGUAAUCUGGCCAGAAAGCGCGCUGCUCUAUGCAAGUGUUUCACCUUACAGAUCCAGCAACCAAGUCAGAACAUGGACUGUUUACUGCAGGUCUUCAGAAAAUGUCCUUCUGACCAAUCGGCUUCCAGUCAGAAUAUUUAAAGAGUGCAAUAUGUUCAGAACGUCAAUGGAGUGCUGAGUAAUAUAUGUGGACAUUUUAAGUCUCCAAUAAUUACCUCUAUUUUUAGGGAUACAGAGGAAACAAGACUGCCUUGUAUCAAAAGCACAUUGUAUUCCCUAAUCUUGCAGCCCAGUUUAUUUUUUCUAUAAUGUAUAUAAU